GUACCACCCAUCGCUGCUAUCAGCUCGCACCAUCCCCAAAGGCCAGCGCCUCUUCUCCAUUCCCCUCUGCCUCACCCUCUCCUCGUCUGCCUGCGCAUCUUCCUCCUCGUCCUCCCCUCCUGAGCUUUCACCUGAGUGCUAUCUGGCGGGCUGUAUGCUGCAAGCAGCUGCGAAAAAGGAACGGGCGGCAGAGGGUUUGUCUUGGGCGGCACUGGCAGGGGUGCUGCUGCCGCCCGUGAAUCUGGGGAGGCCGCUGCCUCUUAUGCUGGAUGACGACCUGCGAAUGGAGCUCAGCUACAAACCGUUGAUCGACAGGCUAGACAAGCAGGUGGAGCAGUACCAAGAUGAAUACGACGCAUGGGUGAACGCCACUGUCAGCCAGUCUACCGCAGAUAACGCGGACAUGUCUUUCGAGAGCUUUCUUCAAGCUGUUGCUGCUGCUCUCUCCGUGUCCCUGCCGCUGCCCCAAGCCCCGUCGCCUUCAGUACCUGACAGUUCACCUGACAGCCGACCUGCUGCACUGAAGCGGGCAGCGGCGCUGGAGGACCGUGUCGUCCGGGCAGUUUUGGAGGUGAAGAGGAAUGUUUUGAGCGCUGCCCGAGAGGCUGGAGGAGUCACAGAGGGCUUCCUAAAUUCUGCAGCACGAGCGGGGGAGGGCGUGCCAGCACAAGAUGGGGAGAGAGGGGAAAGAGGAGGAGAAGAGCAUGCCAUGACGGGUGGCAAGUGGUAUGGGAUGGAGCAGAUGUGGUUCUGGGAGAUGCGGCGACAGAGGCAGCUGGAGCGCGAGAGGAAGAAGAAGGAAGGAGAGAAGCACCGGAUGAUGCGGAUGAAACACGAGAAGAACGGCAAGGAAGAAAAGGAGGAAUCAGUGGCAGGGGGGGUGGAUCCAGAGGGGCUCUUUGCAUAUCCUGAGGGGCGGAUCGACCCUGAGCUCCUUGCUUACCUCACUGCUCUCGCCUAUCUGCGAUCCACUGGCAGAGCAGCCAUCUGCAGGCGGUACCGCGAUGCUGGGCGGCUGGACGAGGCCCCAUCUGGGGUAGGUGCUAUCUGGCUUCAUGGGGUGGGGAGUAGGUGUUUCCUGGUUGGCCCCAUCCAAAACCGUCGCCUCUGUCCCAACCACACUCCCUUCCCCACCUCUCACCCCCCACAGCUCUGCCUACCGUGGUUCAUGGGAGCAUUAGAGGAGGUGCAGCAGGUGCUGCAGGUGAGGGCCAAUAAGAAGCGGGUGCUCAUCGACACCUCUGAUUGGCUGCUGCUCGCCUGCGACCCCAAAUACGACCUGCGAUUGCACGAGCCAGAGCCAGUGACUGCAGCAGCUGCUGAGAGCAAGAGGAGAAGAGGUGAUUUCCGCCCAGAGCCCAACAGCUCCCAUUCACCUUCUCUCAAAGCUCACGGGGAGUUUGCAGCCUCUUUGCUGCAGGCCAAAGCACGGUCCAGGAAGCAGCUGACAGUGGUGGCAGGGCAGUCGAAGAAGAAAGGCCAGCUGCUGCUCUCCAUCCCUCACGCCCUCUGGGUAUCAACCCACACCAUGGCAGAGGAAGCAGCACCCUACGCCAACCCUGUGUGGACGCUCGCCGCCGGAGCUGCGUGGCUGCUUCGGGAGCAGGCGCGGGGGCGAGGCUCGGAGUGGUGGCCGUACCUGCAGAUCCUGCCGGCCUACGUGCCUCUGCCAUUCUUGUUUGAUGCUGCCACGCUGGACGAGCUACAGUCACCCUCGUUUGUGGAGCGAAUCCGCAUGGUCCGCGAGUACUACGAGCAACAGUACAAACUAUGCCGCCCGCCAGCCAUCGCCUUCGCCUCGCUCCACCAAUUCCUCUGGGCUCUUGCCGUCAUGAACUCCCGAGCCUUCUCCACUCCCGCACCUGCCCGCCGAACCUCCGCCGAGCUUCACACUGACACCACACGCUUUCCCCAAGAGGAAGAGAGGGAGCAGGAGAGGGGGAGGGGGGGCAUGCUAGAGCAGCUGCUGGCGCUGCCUGCGUCUGAGAGGCGGCGGUUUGUGGGCGAGCCCAUGGCUCUCGUGCCCAUUGCUGAGCUGAUUGAUCAUCACCACCCCCACAACGCCCAGUACAAGGUGCAGCAGAGCAGUUUUGACUUCUACGCCAGGGAAGAGGUUCAGCGCGGUGCAGAGCUCUUCACAGUGUACGGAUACAAGCCCAACCACCACCUGCUUCUGGGAUACGGCUUCGUGCUCGACGACAAUCCCUAUGACCACGUCCGGCUCUUCCCGAACCUCUCCCGAGCCAUCCGAACCGUCGCCUCGGUGGCGUACCACCAGGAGGGGCAGGGUGCAGGGAGAGGGGUGUGGGGAGGGAGCGGCGGGGAGGUUCGUCCGGGGGAGGUAGAUCUGAGGGCAGGUUUGCUCCGUGUUUGGGGCACAGCGGACUCUGUGCUGCUUUCAGGAAACGAGGAAAUAGGUGUGGGAGGAAAGGGGGUUAUGGGAGGAAAGGGCGGUGUGUUAGUGGUGCAUGUGAUGUGGCAGGCAGCAGCAGCAGCAGUGGGUGAAGUGGUGAAGGCUCGAGAGGUUGGAGGGACGUAUGCCGAAGGGAACAGCCUUCCGCAGCUGCAGCUGCGGCAGCGGAUAGAGCACAGGGUUGCACAGGAAAAGAAGUGGGAUAAGGCGGACCGAGUACACAGUGACACAAGCACAAGUCUUUUGAAGGAGGUGCUUGUAAAGGAGGAGGACGAAGGCGUGGGAGUGUCUGUGUGGGCUGGUGGCAUAGUGGAGCCGAAUCUGCUCGCCGCCCUCGCUGCCAGCUGGCACGCCGUCCACAUGUCACAAGCCUCCCCGGACUACACAUCCCUGGCCAGCGCGGCUAUUCAUUACGGCUGGGCCCUCUCCACCUCCUCCUGUCACCACCUCCUCCCAAUCGCCUCGUCCUUCACACCCGCUCUCAAAGCUUCUGCUGAAACCGUCCGACUUUUUGUCGAGGCUAGAUUGAAGCAGUUCCCGACGAGUUUGGAAGAAGAUGAGGCGGUGCUGGAGGAGCUUCGGGCCUGUGAGUCGGAAGGGCGUGCGGGGAUGAAGGUCGAGGGUUGGUGUGAGGUGGUGCUGCCGGUGGUGGAGGAGAGGAUUACGGCCGUUCGGUUUAGGAUGCACAGGAAAACUGUUCUCAAGGAUGUGGCAGCACGAUUGCGAGAAACUUGCGUUUGGGACGUCAGAAAGACGGAUGUGGUUCGGUAG